GUUGAAACUGAUUGUACAGAUGUUCCGUCCGGUCAUGGCAAGCUUGGGGCAAGCUGGGCACGCCGAUGUGGCCCUCUCUGGCAGUUUCUCUUAUUGCACUGCAGCUGAACCAUCUUCAAAGUCAAGAUGCAAGCGGGAUUCGAGAGGUCUACUUGGAGCAGAGCAUCGGAGUUUCCAUUCCUCUUUUUUGGCGUGCUUCUCGGGUGACCUAUUCCCUGGCCUUGCCCAGAGAUACAGAGCUUGUGGCAGUUCGUCUAGAUGCAACACAGGAGACUGGCUCAAUAGAGCCCUUCGCUUUGCACGUGCCUGACAAAGGGCUGAGCACGACAUUGACCCCCGGAGUGCCUUCACACUACGUGGAAGUUCCAAUGGGUCAGCCAAUUCAGCUGAGGCUGGACAUACGGCAGCUGAGCUAUGAGAUCUCACUGGUUCGUUCCAGGAUCGGCUUCUAUGGACAGGGAAUUUGGCCGGAUCCAGCACAGCUUUAUCCGCCGGAAGGAACUUUAGCAGGCUUGAACCUUUGGGAUAGCAUGGGCACCCCCGCUAUCAUGGUCUGGUUCAUGCCGCGCGUCUCAAUGUACUUUGCGUCUCUUCGGGAGGAAGCACAUGGCGUCAGGUUGGCAGCAAGCCCGAAUGAUCCUGAUGCAUUGGUGGAGUGGCGCAUCAAUGCCGAGACCUGGCAACCUUUAGUGCCGGGCAGGACAUCAGAAGUUGGGGAGGUGGCUCCUUACGGUUGGACUCUGUUGGAGGUACGUGUCUCAUCAUCUUUGGUCAAGACCUUGUCACCGCUACUCUAUGAGGUUGUCUUAGCUCGUGGAAGUGUUUGCCAUCCCACCUGCGCAUCAUGUUGGGGACCGUCGAAGACGCAAUGUGAGUCUUGCAAUGCACCGUUGGUACUCGUGGACAGCAAAUGCCUGUACACAUCGUGUUCAUCUUCAAGCUUGUACUUUAACCAGAGCAUGGAGAGCUGCCAACCCUGUGACUCAAGUUGCUUGGAAUGUGCAGAUGGCAGUCCAAAGGGAUGCCUCCGAUGUCCGCCAUCUCGCUAUUUGAGACCUGCAUCGUCCGUUGCAGUUGUGGGCUCAUGCGAGCAGUCUUGCCUUGCUGGCUUCUUCGUUCAACCCUCCAGCCAACGUUGUCAGAUGGCGCCUGCUGAUGUCCAGGUAGAGCGCUUCUACCUUCGGCUGACCUUGCGAAUCUCUGUGGAGGACUUCUUGGCCAAUGCUGGCACGCUCAAAGAAGUCUUGAGGAAAUCCGCAGAGACCUUGGCCGUGUCUUCUGAGGAUGUACGCUUCCACAGAUGGGACUCGGCCAAAGAAGGUCUCGGCGUCUUCUUUUUCCUUGAGGUGGAGAAUCCCUUCGUGCAGCACCAGAAGUCUGAAGAGUGGUUUAGCAUCGACGACUGGUUCUCAUCCCUGCCAGUCCCAGUGGAUGAGAUUCGCAUCAUGACUCAGAAUCAGCUUUAUCCACCUGGUGCACCAGAUCUUCAAGCACCCUUCUUGGAUGCAUGGACGUGGGGAUUCAUUGGUGCCGGUGCUGCAUCCCUUCUGCUUAUCUACCCGCUGUACAGCUUCUAUUUCGUCAGGAAGUACCGCCAGCAAUAUCCAUACCAAUCUGGUGAAGGCCAAGAAUUGUUUGUUGACGAAAUCUUGGACCGGAGUGAUCACGCUGUGCUCACAGCGAUGUCGCAAGCUGGGAAUCUGAAGGUAGCUGCUGGUGACGAUGGAUGAGAGCAAGAUAGAUACAGUGGUUUCAGAGUAGAUGGCACAGUCCCAGUUCCCAAAAGGCGGUUUGUGUGGAACCUCAUCUAAAGGACAUCUUGGGGUUUGUG